AUGAAUAUGUGUUUAUUUUUUGCAAAAUGCAAGUCCAUGUGCCUGUGGACAGAGAAGUAUAGACCCAAGACACUUGAUACGUUUGAAGGGCCUGAACAUUUGAAGGCGAUGCUGAGGAGCUCAAAUGAGAGGGGACAUCCGAAUCUUCUUCUGUAUGGACCGCCUGGGACAGGGAAAACAACGUUUGCACACUUGCUUGCAAACAAAAAGCUGGAGCUGAAUGCAUCUGACGAGAGAGGAAUCUCGGUGAUCAGAGAAAAGAUAAAGGCAUAUGCAUGCACACUUGAUUGCGACAAGACUGUUAUUUUGGACGAGUGUGAGAAUCUUACGUCUGAUGCACAGCAUUGCCUGAGGAGGGUGAUUGAGGAUGCAAAGAACACAAGGUUUAUAUUCAUUACGAACUAUCGAUCUCGGGUGAUUGGGCCGCUGCGAAGCAGACUUGUGAGUGUGAGGUUUAUGCUGACUGAGAAUCGAAUCCUUGAGUCGAUUGGAAAAGCCGAGGGAUUGAUACAUGAUGCAGACUGGUACAGAAGGCUAUUUAUGGCAUGUGGGAAUGAUCUCAGGAGAUCGAUUAAUGUUCUUCAAGGGGCAGCGCCACUGAAGGAUGUGUGCAUUGAGGAGGCAGUAGGGAUUAUUCCCGAUGAAGUGGUUGAUGGGUUCUGGAAGACUGGUAAGUCAGAGAUGCAUAUAUAUGUGAAGAUGUGCCUGAGGGAGGGAUACUCGGCUCUUCAGCUUAUCAGACAGAUAUCUGGAACAGUAAUGGGGAGCGAUAAGCAAUGUGCUGAGUUUGGAAUGCAAUUGGCAAUGCUUGAGUCCAAGUCGGUUGCAGGAUGCUCCGAUGAGCUUGUUCUGUAUAAUCUAUUGUGUGCAAAGAAUGAGAUUUCUGGUAAAUAA